CCUCGAGGCUCUUAGUGGAUUCCUUACCGUCUCCACGACAACCACAACCUGACGUAACGCUCGCCCCUCCUCCAUUCAAGCGUCUCAUCUCAUUGAAGAAACAAGUGUAGUGUAAAAGCACUGCCGAUCUGCCGAGAGCCUGCUAAACUACUAUGAAGACCCACAGACGUGGCAUCCUGCUACCUUCAAGCAAAUCCAAAGGUCUACCACAUCUUUAUUGAUCAAACAAGGCAAUGAGAUCUUAUGACCACAGAAAUUGAUUUUCACAGUUUAUUUUCGGCUACACCGUUCACUUCCUCAAAAGGCCAUGGAUGCCAGCUCAAUACCUCAGAUCAAUAUAGAGGAUUAUGAUGGUCUCGAGGUGGCCCCAGAUGAUCACUUAAGAACGCUGAAAGCACUGACGGAGAAGUUAAGACUUGAAACCAGACGGCCAUCCUAUCUUGAGUGGAAGGCCCGUGUUGAAGCUCAAAACUCUAAAGGCUUAGCAGUUUCACAAGGGUCAUCGGAGCUGGAGAGAAGUGUUGGGCUGAAGUCCAGUGGAAAACCUCAGAGGAAUAUCACGAAUGCAGGAAACAGCCUUACUACUAGAACCCUGGGAGAGUUUGGAAAUAUUGACGAAGCUCUUGUUUGGCUUAGAAAGGAACUGAUGGAGAUGCGUAUUCAGGACCAGCAGUUGGCCCGCCAGCUCAUGCGAUUGCGUGGUGACAUCCACAAACUCAAAGUCGAGCAGACAUGUCACCUGCAUCAGCGCAUGCUCAAUGAUGCCACGUUUGGCCUGGAGGAACGUGACGAGCUUUCCGAUCUUUUGUGUGAUGGACCCGUCACUCCAGGAUUUGGCCUCUCAUCACCACUUCGUCUUAUCGGUGUAACGAAGAUGAACAUCAACUCCAGACGGUUCUCACUUUGCUAGGGUACAAGUCGGUUUAACAAUGCAUGUAAAAAGAUAGAGAGUACUAAAAAAAGAGAGUAUAUACCGGUUGAAGAAAAUAAAUAACCAAUCAUUGACGCAACAAGUAACAUGAAUUGUGAGAGAACGUCAUGUGCCUGUUAUUCUAUGUACUUGUGCCAGUAAAACCACUUGUAUUGGUCCAAUAAACAAAGGAUAAUGUCUGAGCAAUCACAUACCUUAGAUACAAUCCUUGUUGUGGUGAUAACAUAUCAACACUUCUGUUAUAUAUCACUAUGCCUUUAAACAGAUAUCUAUAUGGAGUAGAUUAAGCAGUUACACUGUCAGAAAAAACUGUACCUCUUCUGUUGCAAGGGGGGUACCUUUACAGGUAUACAAAACAUAAUACAAUGUUGUACCUUUUGGAAUACAUUACUGUACCUUAAGGAUCUAUUGAAGAUACAGUUAAAUGUUUUGGUACAAAAUUGGUCCUUAAAGGUACACAAUAUUAUAAUACACAUUGUACCCCCAAAAGGUACAUCAUUUAAAUUUGUUGUAUACCCAUUAAGGUACAUAAAUGAACUUUUGAGGGUACCUCCCCAAAGACAAAAAAGGUAUUUUUUGUCUUUACAAGCAUUUAGUUUUACAUUUGCUUUCUCAUUUAGCAUUUCCACAUAACUGAACUCUUGG